UCAUUUGACGCACAGGCUGACUCUCACACACUCGGUAACCAGGCAGGACAGCCACACGUAGACUGUCUCACUGCUUUCUCGUCAGUUUCUGCUCUCUGCUUUUCUCUGUCCACCCCCUUUCCCUUAUACACACCCACGCCGACAGCUAAAAAAAAAAAAAAAAAAAAAAAACCUUCCACAAUGACAGUUUCUGUGUCAGUACAGUAGUAGCAAAAGAAGGAAGUGUGAGCAGUGUCUGUUCACUUUCACAAUAAAGAAGAGUGAUGGCGGACAAGACGUUACUAAGAAAACAAGAGCCAAAUCAAAUUAAGCCAAAUCAAGCAACUGAAGCGAGAACAGCUUUAGGAUUUGGAGUACAGCAGCCAGAAGUAGUGGAACGCGAUUCUACAUUUUGAACACUUCUGUUCCGUUUUUUUAGUAGGCUAUUUUCUUUUUGUUUUAUUUUUUUGUCUACUCCCCUUGUUGGUGUUUUUCAGUCUUUUGUUCUUAUUUCUUUCUUUUUGUUUUAUUUAUUAAGUUUAUUUUUUCUGUACGGGAUAUUGGUUUGUGUGACUCUUAACGCAGAAGUAAACUCUUACUUGUUGUGGUGCUUAUCGCCCAUAUCGGUACUUAAAUAAUUAAUAGCAAAUCUCUGGCUAUACUAAAUGGGUGCCAAACAAAGUACCAGUAGCCCAUCUGCAAACGGCCGAACCAGGGCUUAUUCGGGGUCGGAUCUACCUUCCAGCACUUCUAGUCGCAAUGACACCAGUCGAACUGCAGCCCUGGCGAUGAGGUACAGUCAUUAUGGCCCGUCCACCCAUGGGGCCUCGGGAGCCACUGCCGAGGUCGCUCAUCAUCUUGGACCAAGGACCCGGUCCAUGGGGGGCGGUGGAGGUGGGUCCGGAACCCGAGCCCAGGCGCUCAAUCAGUCCGGGCUCAAUAUCCCCAACAGCAGUGGUACUUACAGUUCCCAGGAGUCCGGUAACAGCACCCCAGAAGAAAAUACUGGUGAACGGGACAGGUCAGGCGGAGGUCAUGGGGGGCCCAGGCUCAUGAUAGGCUCGCUUCCUGCACACCUCUCGUCUCAUAUGUUUGGAGAAUUCAAGUGCCCUGUCUGUUCCAAGUUUGUUUCUUCAGAUGAAAUGGACUUGCACCUUGUUAUGUGUUUGACAAAGCCAAGGAUAACAUACAACGAGGAUGUAUUGACUAAAGAUGCUGGGGAAUGUGCAAUAUGCCUGGAGGAGCUGGUGCAGGGAGACACCAUUGCACGCCUGCCAUGUCUAUGCAUAUACCAUAAAGGUUGUAUAAAUGAAUGGUUUGAAGUGAAUCGGUCGUGUCCUGAACAUCCAUCAGAUUAAAGCGCUUCAUUUACUUUUUGCACAGGUUUCCUACUUCCCUGUUGAAAUAGAUCUGCCCUAAUAACGAGAGACUGCAAUCUUUUUAGGACUUAUGACUGAAUGACGGCUAGUACACAAACUGCAAUUAAUCUACACUGUCUUCAAGAAAUCAUCCUCACAACUCAAGCCAGUUGCCACUGCACUGUGGUGUGCCAAAACUUAUUAAAUCAACCUUCAGGGAUUACACGCAAACAAACACACACACACACACACAUGUAUUGUUUAAAGCCAUUCUGGAUCCAUCACUACAAUGUCUUCAUCUAUUUGUGCAUCCUUGUGAUAGAAGUAAUUGUUUGGAGUGGCUAUCUUGUUUUUGGCUAGCUAUAUGUAUAUGUAUAUGUAUAUGUAUAUGUAUAUGUGUAUAUAUAUGUGUAUAUAUAUAUAUAUAAAUAUAUAGAGAUAGAUAGAUAGAUAGAUAGAUAGAUCUAUAUAGAUAUAAUAUUAUAAAUAAGUCAUCGUAGCAGCAUACAUAUCAUGACAUUCAGUAUUGGUCUUGAUAUGUGUGUACAUGUACACAAGCACAUUCGCUACAUAGAAAAACAGGGGCUUGAAUAUAUCUGUGCAGAAAAUCAGUUCAGGACUGAUACUGGCUAUUCAUACGUUUGCUCCUAACACAGGAGCCGUCUCCCUCCCCUGCUGUCUCAGUGCCUUCACAGUCAGACCUAAGGGCAUACAAAUAUAGAGCAUACCAUAGUGCUUGAACGUAGAAUAUGUUGCCGAAUGCAGAUUCAAAUCAGAUCACUGUUCUGUAAGAUGGGCAGCAGCAGCAGGGAUGCAUUUGAGAGGUGCACCCUGUGCAGAAUAUAAGCGACAAUGAAUGUGAUGGUGUGCAUUUUCAAUAUAGCGAGCAUCAACAUUUUAGCCACAUGAGCCAAACUCUCGACCUUGGAUAAUAAACUGUGCCAGUACUUAUUUCUUUAGGAAAAAAAAGGUCCAUCUUUGACUUGAGUUUGCGGUUUUAUUUUCUUUAGGCUUGAAUUUUAAAACACAGCAAUGAUAGUAAAUUGACCUCUUCUACAGUGGUGGAGAAGGCUGGUACUCCUCUUAUAUCUCAGAACCAUUAAGCUGUAGCAAUAUCUGUUUGGGACAUGAAGCAAGGCUGAUUCUAAACUCAAACCUUAAAAGUACAGGGAUAGAUGUACACAAUCUAACCUCAGCAGUGCUUCUUGCAUCAUAAGUUUGUUUUAGAUGCCUACAUUUUACUUUUUAACAAACAUUUUUCAAAUUCUCUUUUAAAAGUCUUUUUUUUUUUUUUUUUUUAAGAAAAACAAUGUUUAAUAAAUAUUGUACACAGGUGUUAUAAAUAUUUAUAUAACAGGAUCAAAUAUUGCACUGAAAAAAAUGUGCAAAAAACAUCAACAUUUCUACAACGCCAUCCUCUCAAGCAAAAAAAGGCAGCUUGAAUACAAUCAUGGCUUUGAUCUGCCUUUUUGGGUUUGCUCAAUCUGUUUUUAUCAAGCUACUGUAUGUGUAAAUGUUAAUUUAGAUGAACACCACAGAAAGAAAAAAAAAACAAAUCAGUGGCUUAGAGUAAGUAGUGGGGUUCCGAAAAAAAUAUAGCGUUACACGUCCCCACUUGAUGCUAUACUGUUUAAAUAACAUCCUGAUAGGGGCUCCCGAGUGGCGCAUCCAGUAAAAGCACUUGCGUAGUGCAGGAUGCGCCCUAUAGUCUGGACGUCCCGAGUUCGAGUCCAGGCUAUUCCUUUGCCGACCGAGGACGGGAGCUCCCAGGGGGCGGCGCUCAAUUGGCCAAGCGUCUCCCGGGGGGAGGGAGGGUUAGGUCGGCCAGGGUGUCCUCGGCUCACCGCGCACCAGCGACCCCUGUAGUCUGGCCGGGCGCCUGCGGGCUUGCCUGUAAGCUGCCCGAGAGCUGCAUUGUCCUCCGACGCUGUAGCUCUUGGGUGGCUGCAUGGUGGGUCCGCAGUGUUAAAAAAAGCGGUCGGCUGACAGCACAUGCUUCGGAGGACAGUGUGUGUUCGUCUUCGCCCUCCCAAGUCAGCGCAGGGGUGGUAGCGGUGAGCUGAGCAUAAUAAAAUAAUUGGCCAUUCCAAAUUGGGAGAAAAAUAAUUAAAAAUUAAUUGGCAACGACUAAAUUUAUAAUAAAUAAAUAAAUAAAUAAAUAACAUCCUGACAACUUUUUACACUUGCAGUGUUCCCUCGCUAUAAGGCUCUCGGUAAUAACGCACCUUGGAUAUAACGAUCCUACAGCAUGUCCCCCAAUUCACUACACUAGUGAUUCACGCAAUAUUUCUACAGCAAAUACAGUACCGGUGUUGUUCAAACUAUAAACAACGCUGCGCUGGCACUUUAUAACAAAGACAUCUUAUUCAACAUUGGUUUUAUAACUAAAUAAAUAUUAGGCCUAUUAUGUGGUUAUCUUUCCUAAUGUAUUUACUUUUUUGCUGUGAGAGGAGCUGCGGCUUUCUCCGGGAGAUGAGACACUUCAGCUUCGCUUCAGCCCCGCUCCGGCAGCCAAACCUGGGGCGAGCCCAUUCCCUCUCCCGACCCGCUCUCCUUCUCGCACAUGGUUUGUUUGUCUGUUGCUUCGAACUGAACUCCCGACCGCCAUUUAGCCAGGCUAUUUACAGUUUAAAAACUGCUAAUUAAAAUGAUCCAUGAGUGGGAAUGUUACCUUUUUUUUUUUUUUUUUGUAAAAAAAAUUUGCGUUGAUUACAUGGUGCUUUAUGCAUGGUUAAUUCACGGAAAGUUACAUUUUUUCUUCACUAUCUGUGCAUUAUAGAGAGGGAGUUAUUUUAUUUGUAUUUUAGUGAGAUGUGUGUUAUGUGUUCUGCGGCGCCUCCCACCCCCUCCCCAGUUUAUAACGCUCUUCGGUUACAACGCUCAUAGUGUGUGUGCCCGAGACCAGUUAUAGUGACGAUGCACAUUAUAACUUUAAAGUCUGUUACAAAGCUCUUUUCAAAAUGUCCAUUCUAGUGCACUAAUAGUGUAGGAUUAUUGCCCACAUUGUCAAACAGGUAACACAGCGAUAACGAUCCAUGAUGUGGUACGGAACAGAAAAGCCAGAGCACUUGUUAUGUUUUUAAUCGCUCUUCCUGAAGUGAUAUAGAGGACAGAUCUCAAACCACAGGGCACUAGAGUGGCCAUUUUGAAAAGAGCUUUGAAACAGACUUUAAAGUUAUAAGUCUAAAACGUUGUCAGGAUGUUUAACAAUGAAAAGAAAAAUUACAAGUGCAUUAUUUAAACACGUGGUGACGUAUAACGCUUUACUUUUCGAAACCCCGCUACUUACUCUUUAAUAUGUGGUAUUUGGAUAUUUAAUUUGAAUCUACACAGAAUGCUGUCCCGAGUCCAGCAGCUGGGUAAGACACAUAUUGGAUGCCCACUCUGAGUCAUUGUGUUGUAAAUGGGUAUGAGAAGGCCCAUGAAAAAGAAGGCAACAUUCUGACCAUUUUUGAAGCAGAUAGUUGCAGGGGACAUUUUACAAGCGACAAAAUCCAGAAGCAGACUUGAUUUUGAGCCACACGGUGGUGAUACUUGAAUAAAAAUGUCUGCAAAGCCUGGCUGCUUCAACAGUUGCCUGAAACUUGUAUUUCAUGGUCCUAACGCAGUCUGGUGUAACAAUGUCUGCAUCAUGACCUUUCUUCUGGAGCACCCAUCUGCUCUGAAAGAGUUACAUUAAAAAUAGCAGUCAAAUAAUAAUGAAAUCCAACCUAUAUGAUUAUCAUUAUUGUUUGAAAAUAUUAUUUUUAUUUGCUGCUUGUGCUAACAAUUGCCAUAACUGAGCCCAUAUAUGUGAAAGGGUCCCUUCAGGAUUUUUAGGAACAUAAAUUAUCCAUAUGUUUAAAAAAAAAAAUGCUGAUAUUGUGCUGGCGGGGGGUAAAAUGGAGAAAACCACAGAAACAACUUUUGCAGAGCUAUAUGCAGUAACACACUUGAAAUGGCUUUAAAAUGAUUUGUUACUAUGUGGUAACAGGUUGUUAAUGAAAUAAAGGCAAACAAACGCAUGUAUUCCAUUUAAUCAGAAGAGCAGAAGCAGAGGUGUUCAAUGCUACAGCUCUGUGUACAUUUUGUAAUUAAAUAGACUUCAAACUCGGUGAGAGAGAACCUUCUCGUUAAGAUAUGCUAUGGUACUUUUUGACAAGCAAAUAGUGCACAACUAGAUGAUCAUGAAAUAUUUUUUUAAUGAUUUAGGGUGUAUGUGGUAUAACAUUCCAUGUAUGUAAAAUAUGUACAGAUAUUAGUAAAUAAAUAAUAUUGUUACCUGCUUUG